AUGGAAAGCUUCUUCCUGCAGCAUAGCGUGCUUCGAGACCGUGAUCCUGACGAACUGGGCGGCCGCGUCGACUCCGACUCGGAGGCCAGUGACGAUGAAGACGAAAUCACGGACCGAGUACACUCCGUCGCAGAUCCGACGGGGCCGUGGACACAGAAGCCUGUGUGCGGCGAGACGUGGGGGAAACCUACACGUGGCUUCCUCGGCGGCAAAGCCCGCGACUUCGCCUCGGCGAACACUGGCCCCAAGGGAGUUAUUAACGACUAUAAAGCGCACAAGCGCUACGAGAAACAAGAGGUGCUGGCUGUCUAUCACACGUUUUUGAAGCGUCUAAGGAAGGACGCUGAGCGCCAAGCUGUCCUCAAUCGUAUAGCCAAAGGAGCAUCUGUCAAUUUUUUUCCUUCGACGCGUGGUCAAACAGCACACGUGGACUGCGAGUGCGACGGAGGCUCAGACUGCGAAUGCGACGACAGCGAUUUGGUAGACGACGCCUUCUUGGCACAAUAUGCGGAGAUGCGAGUGAAGCAGAUGCAAGACGCGGCGCGCAACCGCAAAAUCUACGGAGAACUCGAGUACAUCACGCCGGAGCUGUUCGUGGCGCUCACCUUAAAGACAAACAGAAAAGAAUCUGACGGUGAUCUGCUCGUGCACCUUUACCACCCCGAAAAUUAUGCCUGCGGACUGCUCAACUCGCAGCUUGAGCUACUGGCACGGAAACUCGUCCACGUCAAGUUUACGGCGAUGAGGGCCAAGGAAGCCGAUGCGUCCAUCGAAAUGGCAGAUCUACCGGUUGUGCUGGUUUUCCGAGGACAUCAACAGGAGGUCGUCGUGGACGUAGCCCGCCGUCUGGAUGGCGAGUUCACGCUCGUGCGAGUGGAAGCUUUUGUGAAGGAGCAGUGCCAAUUAGGGGCCGGUGACCAGUUAAGGGCCGGAUUCGGCUAG